AUGGAUGCGGAGUUGGAGUUUUACACGAGAGUCAUCGAGAGAUCUUGCCUGCCACCUGACGCAAAAUUAGUGUACAAAGAUGCAACAGGGACAGAAGUUGAUGAGGACAUUUUCAGUGACCUUGUCAGCCAAGGCAAUGUGACUCUAUCAAAUGACGGUGAGAAAUGUAAAGGGUUGAUUGAAGAUGUCCUUGGUACCAGCUCAGGUGGUGAAGAGGUCCUCCAAGAGUAUCACACAACACAAACUCUAACAGAUGCUACCAGAAGAAAGUUGGUCAAUAUAAUAGUGGCACACAUGAUUGAUAAACACGGGCAACUCCCCAGCAAAGCUGUUCGAGAAGAGUACGCUCUUGGGAUAGUGACAGUGUUCCCGUCCCUCAAAGACCCAUACUCCAAGAAAGGCUAUAUGAAUCAAGACUUCACACUCCUGUUUGAAGAGGAGGUUUCCAACCUGCUGCUCCAGAAAUGGGAUCCGUUCUUCAGAGAUAACGUCAUCAAAGAGGCCAAGCGGCUCACCCCAACACCUGAGCUGCGCCGAAUGCUGCAGGCCGCAGAGUCUCCAGGAAGUGAACUUGACGAGGCACCAAGGGGACCGAGGUUUCCAAAAAUCAGCGCCUCUGAUGCAGUCGAGAGACUGGUAGUCUUUCAUAAGUCAUGCUGCAGCUUGGAUGAACACCUUCGUGGAAGAGAUGGCAGACAACCAUACAUCCUUGCUGUUGGUCGAACCAGGAACAGGAUUGACACUUUCUACAUUGUUGUGGACAAACAGCUCGUCCCCUGCCAAGCCACUAGCUCGUUGGGUGCGUUUGAUGAACUGUUUAAAUCCCACUACGUGUUCAACCUGUCAUACGAUGAGUACCUAGGCCAGCUCUUCACCUUCGUGCAAACAACAGUCUACAAUAUUGAUGUAGCAACAACAAAUGAGUCUCCCAGAGUUCGUGAGUUUCGUGCUAAAGUCUUCAACUGA